CGCGUGACGUCACGGCCGCCAUGUUGUUGUCGGGCCGCUGAGCCGCGGCUCCUCGAGUCUCCUCCGCCGCCCGCGCCGUCCACCUCGUCCUCGUCCACCUCGUCCUCGUCCACCUCGUCCACCCUCCAUCGUAUCGCCUCAUUCUCUCCUCCCACCCUCUCUCCGUCCCGUCUCCCAUCUCGUCGCGGCCAUGACGACCACGCUCACGCAGCGCAGCUCGGGGCUCGUGCAGAGGCGCUCGGCGGCCGCGGCCUCCUCCUCGGCGGGCGGCGGCGGCGGCGAGUCGGGCGACGAGGGCCCCGACGAGCUGACGGGCGCCGGCGGCGAGCAGCUCGGCGGCGGCGGCGGCGGGGCGCGCGACGCCGACGACAAAGGCGACAGCAAAGAGACGCGCCUCACGCUCAUGGAGGAGGUGCUGCUGCUGGGCCUCAAGGAUCGCGAGGGCUACACGUCGUUCUGGAACGACUGCAUCUCGUCGGGGCUGCGUGGCUGCAUGCUGGUGGAGCUGGCACUGCGGGGCCGCAUCACGCUGGAGCCUUGCGGCAUGCGACGCAAGAGCCUCCUGUCGCGCAAGGUGAUGUGCAAGUCGGACGCCCCAACUGGUGAUGUGCUGCUGGACGAGGCCCUGAAGCACAUCAAGGAGACAACGCCGCAGGAGACCGUGCAGACCUGGGUCGAGCUGCUGAGUGGCGAGACGUGGAACCCGCUCAAGCUGCACUACCAGCUGCGGAACGUGCGCGAGCGCCUCGCCAAGAGCCUGGUGGAAAAGGGGGUCCUCACGACAGAGAAGCAGAACUUCCUGCUGUUCGACAUGACCACCCACCCGCUCACCAACAACAACAUCAAGCAGCGCCUCGUGCGCAAGGUGCAGGAGUCGGUGCUCGACCGGUGGAGCAACGACGCGGCGCGCCUCGAGCGCCGCACGCUGGCGCUCGUGCUGCUGGCGCACGCCAGCGACGUGCUGGAGAACGCGUUUGCGCCGCUGGCGGACGAGCAGUACGAGACGGCCACCAAGCGCGUGCGCUCUCUGCUCGAGCUCGAGCCCGAGGUCGAGAGCGCCAAGGCCGGUGCCAGCGAAGUGCUCUGGGCCGUCGUGGCCGCCUUCACCAAGUAGCGGCCGCGGCUGCGCGGCGACCAGGGGCCGGUCGCGCGGAGGCGGUCGCGGCGUCGGGAGGGCAGGGGCGGCGGGGAUGAAGGUGACGCCACCCCCCCCCCCCGCUCCCUUCCCCUCCGCGCCCCCACGCCGCGCGGACGUCGUUCCUACGAGGACUUGCGGCGAACGCCGUGCACUUGGGGCGCCGCCCCCCCCCACUCCCCCCGGCCGCGGGCGCCGCCGCCGUCUCCGUUGCCGCCGUCUCUGGGCGUCCCGAGAUGGCGAUGGCGUCGCACGCCAUGGGGGAGGUGCCCCUGGGGCCCGGGGAGGGGCGGUGAAGUGUGGGUUGCCUCGCUCGUUCGCAGAGCCGAGCGCGUCCGUUGCGAGCGAGGGAUUUUUUUGUUUUGUUUCAUUCUUCCGAGGCGGUGGGGGUCACGGGGCCUCCGCCCCGCCACCAACUCGCCCCCCGGCCCCUCCGACGCGGCGGAGGUCGUGCCCGGCAGCAGGAGAAGCUUGAGGUUUUUAUGCAAAAUCGGAGCAGUGCCUCGUUGCCAGUGACUGAGAUCGGGUGCCCGGUCACGACGGGGGGUGGGGAGGGGAGUGGAGGGGGGGGGGCGCUGGGAGGGUUGCGUGGUGGCUGCCUCGGAGAGUUUCCACGCAGCAGAGGGAAUCCUGUAAAUUUCCAAAUGGAGCUCCAGCGGUGUGGAGGCUCGAGGACGGGUGGACACAGCGACGGACGUCACCACCCCCCCACCCCCACUCUACACCGCCACCCCCGCCUGGUGCUCUGCGGACUCGGAAAAGACUGUGCACACAGCGGCCAGGCCAUGAAUAGCGCUUGCGUAGAAGAAGAACCAUGCGCCUGCUGCAAGCGUGGGGGAGCGAGCGAACGAGCGUGCGAGUGUGGAGGAGCGAGCGAGUGACGAGGGAGUGCGACAGAAUGGGCGCGUGGGCUGAAGCGCUGGUGGUCGUGGUGCUCGUGUCGUCUGGACCAUGAGGAAAGCCGCGGUUUUAUGCUGAGUGCCGUCUCAUCAACCCCCCCCCACCACCUCUUGACUGUGCCCCCCCUUCUGCUGUCCAAAGGCGACCGGGCUCCCCUCAGUCUUAAUAUCCUCACUUAGUUCGGUCAUUCGGAGGCCGUGGGUUUAUCGGCGAGCGCCCUCACCAUGCCCGAGUGACUCGCAACUCGACCGCACCCGUAAGAGGGAACUCGCCAGGGUUAAACUCGCUCCCUCGAUGCUUAUAAAUCAAUGCGAUGUCACAUCGUGUGGACCAACAAACGUCACUGAUUAUUCAUCGAUGUUUGCCCUAUUUGUUGCUAUUUGGAACGCCUCAGCCCCGAUUAACCCGUUGCUAAUUUUAGGCCACCCCUGGCGCAGCAGCGAGCAGUCGAGUCCUGCCCAGGUUGAGGGUCGCGGAGUGAAGCGGCUGGGGAGGAGGGGGACCCAGCGGCGGCAGCAGCAGCAGCCAUCAUCCACUCCGCGUAGGUGGGAGCUGGGAUUCCCGUGCUGCUCGAUUGGUUGAUUGCUGUAUUUGUAAUUAGUGGCCAUGAGCAACGAUCCCGCUCCCCCCGGCUUCACGUUAACGGGCCGGACUUCUCGCUGCCCGCCCGGCUUCCGUCCCCCGCCAAGGGAACGUCAGCCGCAGGGUCCCCUUGCUGCUCCCCGUUGCGCUCCGCCCCUCCCUCCACUGGAAGAGGCUCGAGCAGGAGAGCGUGCGGAUGUGUGCGCGUGUGUACAGGCUCGGUUAGUCUCCCCUCUGUCCGCGUUCCUGGGCGUCGGUUUGAUUUUUAAGGUGCGGUCGUGAUACUCGGGGUCAUUUCGCGACGUCUCGUCGGCAGCCGCGGCGUGGGGUCACGGCCGGGGGGUUGGGGUCACCGUGGCCCUCCCGCGGUGGAGUGCCGUCAACUGAUUUGGGUUUUGUUGGGAGUCCUGUGUUCUCUAAUCCUUCCGAACUGCAUCUCUUUCUCGUGUAUCAGCCAAUCUUACUACAAUAAUAAUUAUGAUGAUGAUAAUAAUAAUAAAGCUUUCCUCGGUAA